AUGGACCAAGAACAUUUUCUUUCUGGUUCAGACCAAGAAAAGUACCGCUUGAAAGAAAAGUACCUCGCUGUCAUAGUGCAGAUGAAACAAAAUCGAAUACCAAGAAAUGUCCUAUCGUACAACCUUUGGAUGAAUGCGUGUGCAGAGCUGUCGGGUGUUGGAUCAGCUGAGGAGGUUUACAAAGAAAUGAUACAUGACAAAAAUGUUGUGAUGGGAUGGAGCUCUUUAUCUACUUUGGCAAAUAUUUACCAAAAAUCAGGAGCAGUUAACCAGGCUUUUUGGGCACUGAGAGAGGCAGAAAAUAAACUAUCUAGCUGUAAUCGCCUUGGUUAUCUAUUUUUGUCAACAAUCUAUACCUCUUUGAACAGGAAGGAUGAAGUUGUGCGGCUCUGGAAAGCUAGCAAAGGGGUAAAGGGCAGAAUCACAUGUGCGAACUACAUGUGCAUCUUCUCAUGUUUGAUGAAACUUGGUGAUAUUAAAGAAGCUGAAAAUAUAUUUCUUGAGUGGGAGUCACAGUGUAGGACAAUUGAUAUUAGGGUGCCAAACAUUGUUCUAGGCGCAUACAUGAGGAAUGGCAUGAUGAAGAAAGCUGAAUCAUUAUUUAUCUAUUCAUUGAACAGAGGUGGAUGUCGAAAUUAUAAAACUUGGGAGAUAUUCACGGAGGGAUGGGUAAGGAGCAAUGAAAUGGAUAAAGCUAUAGAUACAACGAGAAGAUCCCUUUCUACGUUGGAAUAUCUGCCUCUCGUUCUAUUAUUUUCUUCUGUUUGCAUCCUCAUAUAG